AUGCACAUCUACAUAGAACUUGAUACUGAAUUUAAUGUCAAGUUUGAUAGUAGUCCUAUUGAACCGGUGGAUUUAAGUAAGAGAGAUAUAAUCCGUGACUUUUUAACUGGUAUUUCUAUUGUAAGACAUAUGAUCAUCUCCCAUCGUAUUCUAGAGGUCCUUUACCAUUACUCCAAACUCGGACCGAUUCCCACAUUCCAUAACUUGUCUCAUUUGCAGGCUUCCUUCUCCAGCCCAUCGUUACAAUUGUUGCCAGCUUUUCUUGAGAGCUGCCCAAAUCUGAAAAAUCUAAUCUUGGACUCGGUGCCAGAGCAGAUCGACCUUACAAGUGUGCCUCGGUGUUUAACAUCGACUCUGGAAUACGUUAAGAUUAACAAGCUGAUUAUGAGAGAGGAAACUGGGAUUAAACUAGUGAAUUACUUUCUUGAGAAUUUAGCAGUACUAAAAAAACUCGCUCUAAGUUUCGUAGAUUGUCCUAUGCCCAACAAAGCUUCGGAUAUUAUCAUGGAGCUUGUUACAUCCACAAAGCUUUCUCACGGUUGCCAAGUUAUCGUUGAUUUAUAUGCAGCUGAUGAAGCUGGUGACUUGGUUGGCACAUGGUGA